UCGACCGAUCGGCUACCGCGUUCGAACCCGUAUUGAUUCAUCCCCAAAUUUUUGAUACUUUUAUCUUACGACUUUUUUUACGCGAUCAGAUCGACAAUGCCUGGUGGAAAGGGAAAGUCUUCUGGCGGAAAGAGCUCCGGCGGCAAGACGAGCGCUGCUGAGGGCACCAAGAAGCAGCAGAGUCACUCUGCUCGUGCUGGUCUUCAGUUCCCUUGCGGUCGUGUCAAGCGUUUCCUCAAGCAGAACACCCAGCAGAAGAUGCGUGUGGGAGCCAAGGCUGCCGUGUAUGUUACAGCUGUUCUGGAGUACCUGACUGCCGAAGUCCUCGAGUUGGCAGGCAACGCUGCAAAGGAUCUCAAGGUGAAGCGUAUCACGCCCCGCCACCUCCAGCUUGCCAUUCGUGGUGACGAAGAGCUCGACACUCUGAUCCGUGCGACAAUCGCCUACGGUGGUGUCCUGCCACACAUCAACCGCGCCCUGCUGCUCAAGGUUGAGCAGAAGAAGAAGGCCAAGGCACUUGAAGGCUAGAGACGUAUUGUUUAAGGCUCUAUUUUGCUUUUAUUCUUUGGGACUUGCGGUAAACCGGUAUAUGGGAUGGUAAUGCAGAAAUUCUUGAAUUCGAAUUCGAUGGGGGCGUCGCGUCGAGAUAUGAGCGGACGUCCGCACGACCACAGCUUGGAUAGCUGAGGGCGCCUGCGCUUUCAAAGGGUACACGACGAGCUCUCGGGUCGGCUCUAGAAGCCGAUACCCGAUGACGAGAGGGUUCACGUUAUGACGAAAUGCCCUGUGCUAAUUGGACUUGCGCGAGCUGUGUACAACAGUUGUGUUUUCACCUUGGUGUCUGGUCUGGUAUGAGAUGCGACACGGAACCGCUGUGCUGAUGGACUGGAUUAGGUAGACACGGAAAUACGAGUUCCUGUUUAGUCAUCGAAAGUCCAAUGUUAAAACGAGUGUGGUUUGUUAUGAUCUGUUGUUUGUCUUAGGAAUGUG